GCCUCGCGCUGCAUGCCGGGAUACAGCUCGUUCUUGUUUACAAGAUGACAGUGAAAACCGCUACACUCUGACUUAAACACGGAACAUAAGUUCCCUUUCUGACGCUGGGACACCCGAGCCGUGAACACGCGUGUAAAAAACACAAGUAGUUUUCUUGAGACAGAACCACUGAAACGCGAGCGCAAGGAGCUGUCAGUCUGUCACACGAGAGAUUUUUUUCCGAGAUUUCUUUUUUUUUUUUUUUUGCACCGUCACUGACAUACGCUGAACUAUCUGUCAAAUCACAGGUUGCAUCGCUGGAAUAGAAGUGCCUGUAAUAGAAACGAAGCCGUACUUCCUUUUAAAGUGUGCUGAUUGUCCUCCGGCCUGAGGUGUCUGAAUCCAGCCGAAUGAACAGAGCAACUGCAAAGCGGUUAAUUGAACGCUACUUUCAACAGUUGACUGAGGGCUGUGGAAAUAGCAGCUGCACCAAUGAGUUUUGUGCCUCUUGUUCGACUUGUCAACCUCUGGGCAACAACGCGGCAGCUGCUAAAGCACUGGAACUGUUCAAGGUCAACGCCAAACUCUGUGACUAUUACCCCUCUGUCGAGUCCAGGCCUGACGAAGACUCUCGGCUGGGGCGUGAGAUGAGCACCGAGGAAUUCUCAGAUGUUCACUACCUCACAGAGCACACCGUGUGUAGGAUAGUGAGUGUCUGCGAGGAAGAAGGGAACUACUCUGCUCUCGUCCGCGUCAUUGGCAGGAUAUUCUCCAACGCGGACGCUCUCAUGAAGAGUUUCCGGAAGGAAGAGCCAAGUGCCGCUGCCAAAACCCUCAAUUCUCUUAAAUCGAAAGACGAAGAGAAACAGAGCGACCAGUCGUCAGAGAAGAAGCUCUCCUCCUCUGCUUCCUCGCCCGAUGAAACUCCAAACGGAAUCCCCAACUCCUUUGAGCCUUCGGUAGACAUCGAUGCAGUUCGAAGGGUCUACGACAAACUCCUGUCCAUCGACCAGGUGGAGUCUGCCCUGGUCAACGCCCUCAUUUACCUCACUCCAAAUGUGGAACUUGACCUGGAAUAUCUUGAUGUGUAUGAAGCAAAUCCAGAUUAUCUGAAUAUCUUCAUCAUAGUGAUGGAGAACAGCAACCUUCACAGCCCGGAGUACCUGGAAGUGGCGUUACCUCUGUUCUGCAAGGCGAUGAGCAAGCUGCCGCUCAUCGCCCUCGCUCGCCUGUCCAAGCUGUGGUCGAUAUUCGGCCUUCCGCACGUCCGCCGUAUGAUGGAAACCUUCCAGCAGCUCAUCACCUUCACAGUCGUUAGUAAUGAAUAUGGCGCGGAAAACCUGAUAAACGACGACGAGACGGUGGUGGCUGCCACCAAGUGCUUGAGGGUCGUCUUCUACGCAAGCAUCCUUGGCGGGGAGGUGGAUGUCGAGCACAAUGAGGAGGACGACGAAGAUGCCGAGUCGGACGAACUGACGCUGCAUGAGCUGCUGGGCGAAGACCGGCUCUACAAGAAGGGCCCGCGGGUUGACCCUCUGGAGAAGGAGCUGAGCGUCCGCCCCGUAGACAGCGUCAAACCCCUCAUCCCGUUUGAGGAUUUUGUCAAUGAAUUGGUGAACGAAGUGAUUGAAAUGGACAAAGAUUUUACCUUCUUCAAAGUCAAUGCGGAAACCAAGUUUUCCUUCCAGAGCUGCCCCUUCAUCCUCAGCGUCAUCACCAAGAGCCAGGGGCUGUAUUACGACAACAGGAUCCGCAUGUACAGUGAGAGGCGCCUCACUGCCCUCUACAGCAUGGUGCAGGGCCAGCAGCCAAACCCCUAUCUGAAGCUCAAAGUACGCCGAGACCACAUCAUCGACGACGCCCUCGUCAGACUGGAAAUGAUCUCCAUGGAGAACCCGUCAGACCUGAAGAAGCAGCUGUAUGUUGAGUUCGAGGGCGAACAAGGCGUAGACGAAGGAGGAGUGUCGAAAGAGUUCUUCCAAUUGGUAUUGGAGGAAAUCUUUAAUCUGGACAUAGGGAUGUUUACCUACGACAAUGACACCAAGCUUUUCUGGUUUAACUCAUCCUCGUUGGAGAACGAAGCGCAGUAUACGCUUAUUGGGAUCGUUCUGGGGCUCGCCAUUUACAACAACUGCAUCCUGGAUGUUCAUUUCCCCAUGGUCGUCUACAGGAAGCUGAUGGGCAAGAAAGGAACCUUCCUGGAUCUGUCAGACUCACAUCCAGUUCUCUACCAAAGUCUGAAGGAAGUGCUGGAGUACAGCGGCAGCCUGGAGGAGGACAUGAUGCUCACCUUCCAGAUAUCGCACACAGAUCUUUUUGGAAACCCCAUACUAUAUGACCUGAAGGAUAAGGGGGACCAGAUCCCCAUUACCAAGGAUAACAGGCAGGAAUUUGUUCAUCUGUAUGCAGACUACAUCCUGAACAAAAGUGUGGAGAGCCAAUUCAAAGCCUUUAAGAAAGGUUUCCUGAUGGUCACAAGUGAGUCGCCGCUCAAAUACUUGUUCAGACCGGAGGAAGUCGAGCUUCUGAUCUGUGGGAGCAGGAAACUUGAUUUUGAAGCACUUGAAAAGACAACAGAAUAUGACGGAGGUUACACUAAGGACAGUCAAAUUAUCAAAGACUUCUGGGAAACCAUCCACUCUUUUGGAGAGGAGCAGAAACGACUUUUUCUCCAGUUCACCACGGGAACAGACAGAGCUCCGGUUGGAGGUCUCGGUAAAUUAAAGAUGAUCAUCGCGAAGAACGGCUCCGAUUCAGACAGACUACCAACCUCCCACACCUGCUUCAACGCCUUGCUGCUCCCUGAAUACUCCUCCAAGGACAAACUGAAAGAGAGACUCCUCAAGGCCAUCACUUACGCCAAAGGUUUUGGAAUGCUGUAAUGGAUUUCCAAAGAGAGUUUUCUGUCUGUGUGGGAAAGAAACAAAAAAGGGAAUACCACCAAAAACAACAACAAACAAAAUGCUGCAAUAAUAAUUCUGUGCCUAAUGAGUCUCUCACAGACAAACUCCACUGUUGGCCUUCCACGCUUAGCCCUCGCUUGCUUUGUAACCUUGUCACUUGUAGGCAUUAGAAAUCCCAAAUAAGUUCAGCCUUCUCCCAUCCCCUCAUGUUCUGGUUCUGAAAAAAGGCAAAAACCCGUUUGUGAAACUGUGAAAGUGCGCUUACGUGUAGCACGUAAAGUAUAUUUAUGAAGUUAGUUUGACUUCUGAUGCCUCUGACGUUUUUGGAAAUGUAGCAGUAUUUAGUCCUCACUGGGCCUGACGGUGCUCCUUGGCUGCGAUUGACUGAGUUGAAGAAGCCUUUUAUAUUACCUGCUCACUGACCUUCAGUUCAUUUUAUGAUUGAAACCUUUGUGCCGUGCCUCCUGUAGCGGAUAUGGACUAAAUAUCGUUUGCUGUGAUCCUGAUGUUAUGGUGUUGGCUAAGUGUUUUAAAGGGGCAGUGUUAUGUAAAAUUGACAUUUUGUUUUCGCUUUACAUCAUGUUAUGAUGUUAUUCCCUCAUC